AUUUUCAGUACCGAUCAAUUAUCGCCGAGUAUUUCCGAGCCAGGUCAUGUGACAAUACAAAAUGGCGACUUCCACCUCCGACGAACCUCAAGUUGAUAAAUCGGAAGAUGAGGAGGAGACAAGUAGCGAAGAAUCAGAAGAGGACUGUGAACCAACACUUAAAUAUGAAAGGAUUGGAAAUGACAUGAAGAACAAAUUGUUGUCUAAGGACUGUGUCAGCUGUCUCGCAGUGCACUCAAAGUUUUUGGUGGUAGGCACCCACUGGGGAAUGAUCCAUAUUUUUGACCAUGCUGGGAAUGCAAUCAGAGACAAAGAGAUAGCUGCACACACAACGACCGUGAACCAGCUGAGCAUUGAUGACCAAGGCGACCACAUUGCUAGCUGUUCCGACGAUGGCAGAGUGAUGAUCUCAGGACUGUAUACAGCUGACAACAACCAGACUGUGAACUUUGACCGACCGGUCAAGGCUGUUGCCAUAGAUCCCAAGUUUGGCAAGCAUGGCAGUGGGAAAAACUUUGUUACAGGAGAUGACAAGUUGAUCCUAAAUGAGAGAGGAGGCCUGUUUAACAGACACAAGUCUACCCUUCUACACCAAGGGGAGGGACUUAUCCGUGAGAUCAAGUGGAAGGGGGAAUUCAUUGCCUGGACAAACGACCAUGGGGUGAAGAUUUUUGACAUGACCUCCAGGAGUAGAAUCACUUUUAUCAGUAAAGACCACAGCUAUCGACCAGACCAAUACAAAUGCAAUAUGUGUUGGAAGGAUGGACAUACAUUGCUCCUGGCUUGGGCAGACAAAGUGAAAGUGUGUAAAGUCAAGGAAAGAGCAGAGAGGGAUGUAAGGGACCUCCCUGAGAAAUAUGUGGAAAUCACGGCCAUGUUUACGAUUGAUUCCUUCGCCUGUGGGAUUUCUCCACUUGGGGAAAGCCUGGUCAUUUUGACUUUUGAAAAAGAAUUGCAAGAGGAGGGAAACAGACAGGUCUCCAAGCGACCACACCUGCUGAUAGUGGAACCACAUAUGGAGUAUUUUGAGGAGAUUUCUAACGACGCACUUACAGUGCGUGGAUUCCAGGAGUACAAACCCAGCGACUACCACCUCGAAAUACUAGUCUCAGAGACUAUAGAGGACGAGAAUCUAUUCUACAUAGUCAGUCCUAAAGACAUCAUUGUGUCCAAGGAACGCGACACGGACGACCAUGUGGCCUGGUUAUUGGAGCGUGAAGAAUUUGAGGAAGCAAUGGAAGUUGCUGAGAAAAAUGAGCAUCUUCUUCGUAAAUUGACUCAAAAGGGAGUUGCUAUGAAAUAUCUAGAAUAUUUGUUGGAGGAGGGAAAUUAUGAAGAAGCAGCGAGACAGUGCCCAAGAAUUCUGGGUAAAAAUAAAGAAUCAUGGGAAGAGCAAACAUGGAAGUUUCAAAAAUUGAGACAAUUAAAGGCAUUAGCCCCCUACCUUCCCCGCACUGAGCCCCAGCUCUCACCUGCAAUCUAUGAACUUGUUCUGAAUGACUUCCUCAACACAGACUGUGAGAAAUUUCUGAACCUGGUGAAGGAAUGGCCAUCAAACUUGUAUAACGUUCAGACAAUUAUCACUGCCACGCUCGAUCGACUUGACCGAGAACGGAACAACACAGUGCUUCUGAGGGCGCUCGGGGAGCUGUAUACACUUGAAAGGCAGUAUGAAAAAAGCUUGGCCAUUUAUCUGAAGUACUGCUCAAUCGCAAAAUCCAAAGAGAGACUACAGAACACGGACGUCUUUCAGCUGAUCCAUAAGUACAAUUUGUUCACCUCCAUCAGCGACAAGAUUGUCCAGCUGAUGGAGUUCGACGAGAACCAGGCGGGGAAACUCCUGAUAGAAAACAUGGACAAACUUCCUAUUGAACAAGUUGCUAAACAGCUGGAAAACCAUCAGAAGUAUUUAUUCACAUAUUUAGACCGAGUGUGUCAGAAGGACCAGCAGCUGUGCCAGCCGUACCACGGACAGCUGGUGAAGCUGUACGCAGAGUUCGCUCCACACAAGUUACUCCCCUUCCUGAAGAGCAGCAUCCACUACCCCCUACAGGGGGCCAUGGACGAGUGCCAAGUCCGAGGUCUCAUCCCCGAACAAGUCUACUUACUGGGUCGUAUGGGAGAUCUAAAGAAAGCAUUGAGCUUGAUCACAACCCAGCUUAAGGAUGUUGAUCAGGCCAUCGCAUUCUGUAAGGACAAAAACGACGAAGAGCUGUGGGCAGACCUCAUCAAGUUCAGCAUUGACAAACCUUCUUUUAUCAAAGGACUGCUACAUAACAUUGGUACCCAUGUAGAUCCCAUCAGACUGAUACCUCAGAUCCAGAAUGGAAUGAAAAUCCCGGGACUUAGGGACUCUCUUGUCAAGAUCCUACAGGAUUAUAACCUUCAGAUGUCACUUAGAGAAGGCUGUAAGAGGAUUUUGGUGGCAGACAGUUUCAACCUUCUGGACAGAUUUGUCAAAACCCAGAAACGGGCGGUGUCUGUGGACAACGGCCAGGUGUGUCCAAUCUGUCAGGAGAGGAUUCUGGUCACAGAUUUGAAGUAUGCCAGCAACGUUGUACUAUUCUACUGCAAACAUGCAUACCAUGAAGACUGCCUGCCCACUCAUGCCCAGGAGAGGUGCAGUAUUUGUAGCACACAGAGAAGAGGACCAGGGUCCAAAGCUGUGGUCAAAUAGUCAACAUGAACUAUACAACAGAUCAAAUAGUCAUAAUCCAAUAUCAUCAGUAUUGAGGUCAAAUGUCAGUUAGUAUUGAGGUCAAAUGUCAAUUCAUAUUGAGGUCACUAAACAUUGGGUGAAAUGUCAUUUACAAGCCUGAAAAUCUUUAGUUUUGUUGGAAAAAGCAUUCAAGAUUUUAAAAACCAUGCUGGUUUUCAAGUCAAAUUUCACCAUGCAUGGAUUAAGAAAACAUCUACCCAGUACAUUUGAAUAUCUGGAGACCAUUCCACAAAUAUAGAAUCAUGGACAUAUCUUUGACUUUGUGUGUGUGCAUUUUCAAUUCUUCAGAGCAUUCUGCAUUAUUGUUCUUGGUAUAUACAUGUACAUGUUAUUUGUAAUUCAGCAAAAUAAUAUUUAUUGCAUUAGUUCUUUGUUUGCUUACAUUUUCUCUGAUAAUGAAUUUGUGAGGUAAUUUACAGAGUUAGAUAGAUUUAUGUACAACUCAUCAAGCCAUCAAUGACUUAAUAUGCGCAGGUACAUUGUAUUUAUUAUUAAUAUGAUGUCAGACAUUUUCUGUGCAGACAUAGUUUGCUUCAAUCUGUAUUUUGCUAUGCUUACAUGUUAUUACAUGAUUGAAUAAACUGUACUACCGUAUACAAGUAUGUACAUAU